AUGAAGGAGCCCACCGAAGAGCAAAUAAUAACCCCAGGCGACAAUGAAAACGCGCCCUCUACUAAUGAACAGGUCGGCCCUACUCGUGAAGAGCUGGAAACGCUUCCUCGAAUCGCUGACAAGAUCCCCUACACGAUAUUCAUGGUAGUAAUUGCCGAAGCGGCCGAGAGAUUCACCUUUCGCUCCAUAACAGGACCACUGCAGAAUUACGUUCAGAACCCUCUACACGAUGACCGUCUUCCCGGUGCCCUUGGCAAGGGACAAGCAACUGCUACGGCCAUCGGGUACUUCUUUCAAUGUUGGUGUUUUCUGAUGCCGAUCUUAGGAGCUGUCAUAGCAGAUUGUUAUCUGGGUCGUGUGAAAACUAUCCUUCUUGGAAGCAUCACGGCGACAAUCGGCACUUUAAUUCUCUUCCUCACCUCUUUGCCCGUGUCCUUGGAGAAUGGAGCCGGAUGGCCUGGACUAUUGGUUGCCUUGAUAAUUAUUGGAUUGGGGUACGUCAAAUACACCACACGCGCGGUCAACAAUACAUAA